CAUCUCAGGACAGCUGGAGAGAAACAUGAGCUCCUCGAGCGCCGCGCCCACGUCUAUUGCUCUCGACUACGGGCAUGGGACUCUCUGAGCGGCGAUGGUGACAAUGUUUGUCGACAGGAGGAAGGCUGCGGUGUUCGCCGCCGCAGUCGCCCUCCGAGUCCUGUUGUUUUGUGGUUUCCCCUCGCUCCCCGAUCUGUUGACGGGCAGAGUGGAGGUCUCGACGCCAGUCAGCAGCUUCAAACGAUUGCAGGAAGGUCUGUUUCUUUAUACGCGGAACGUCUCUCCGUACGAUGGAGGUGUUUACCACCAGGCGCCGCUUCUGCUUCCUAUCUUCGCGUUGCUUCCCAGUUCGAGCGUAUACCCAUUGGUCACAGGGAUCUUCUACUCCUUCGUUGAUCUCUUAAUCGCGAACGCCCUGAUCACCAUCUCCGAUUCAGGGGAGUCGGUGGAAAGCCGGCUCUACUCUACUCCUCGAAAGAACAUCAAAUGGGACGGAGUGAUUAUCGCAGCAGCUUAUUUAUUCAAUCCCUUCACAAUUGCGACAUGUCUCGGCCGGUCUACCACCGUCUUCACCAACACGGCUAUACUGUAUGCCAUCUCCAGCGCUGUCUCUGGGAAUGGUUUCAACUCGAUGUUAUCGUUAGCCGUCGCAUCUUACCUAUCGCUCUAUCCAGCCCUGCUCUUCCUUCCUCUCGUUCUUCUAUGCUACGAUCGUCAGGCGCGACGGCAGCAAGCUCCUCCAAAUAGCGUGCUUUUUGGACUGAAACAUUUUGCGAUACUGGCUGGUAGCAUUGCCCUUCUUUUGGUCGCUUCGUACGUCAUCAGUGGGAACUCGUGGGAAUUUAUUCCUGCGACAUAUGGAGUCCAGUUGCUCGUGCCUGAUCUAACCCCUAAUGUGGGUCUGUGGUGGUACUUUUUCAUCGAGAUCUUUGACUCCUUCCGAGAAUUCUUCCUAGGUGUAUUCUGGCUACACCUUACUGGUUACGUUGGAGGGUUGACAGUGCGCAUACGGCGACAGCCACUGUUCGUAAUUACUUCUCUCUUGGGCAUUUUCGCCAUUUUCAAGCCGUAUCCGAGCAUCGCAGACGUCUCUCCGUAUCUAGCGUUGCUGGCUCUGUACCGACAUCUAUUCCCUCUGAUGCGAUACACGUUCUUCGCUGUUUCCGCUCUCCUCUAUGCGACUCUUCUAGGACCGGUAUUCCACCACCUGUGGAUCUACGCGGGUUCUGGAAAUGCAAAUUUCUUCUACGCCAUCACCUUGGUAUGGAGUCUGGGGCUCUCAAUCCUAGUCGCAGAUUCCAUCUUUGCUGCCCUGCGUGAUGAAUGGGAACAUGAAAACCCACACAUGAAGGGCAAGCCUGUGAGACAAAUUUGAGCUCUCAUUUAUCUCCAAAGGUUCAUGUA